AUGGCUUCUGUUAUUAAAUGUAAUAUUCGUCGUUAUGUGAAUGAAAAACACGAUUGUACUAAUGCUAAAGAAUUUGUUGAUGCAGUUGGUGCAUUAAAAUGGGAUCCAGUAGACGUCGCUGAUGAUUUGACCACCGUACAAGUUGAUAAUGAUUCAUUAUUCGCCCAUGUAGCAGGAUCAAUUACAAUUAGCGAACAAUAUUAUCAUCAAAUAAAAGAUGUUCGAUUAACAAUGGAUUAUAUUCAAGAGCAUUCCAUCGAUCUGUAUAAUGAUAUUCUCAUUUAUCGAGAUCGUAGGAAGAAGUUAGAAUCUCUAGAUACACCAUAUUUUAAUGUUGGCGUUUUUUCCGGGUUAACCGUUACGGACAAUGUUCAUCAAGAAUUAUCAGACUUAAUGAUACGGGUACUGGCGCGGUGUACAAAAUCAAAUGUGAUCGCUGUACACAAGACUUAUUGGACAAACGAGACUGGCAGUGAUGGACAAGAUGCAACAACAUCAAAACAAAAAGGGAAAUAUGCAAAAGAUUAA